AAAGCGUCUGCUAAAUGCAUAAAUUUAAUUGAAUAAAUAGUGCAAAAAUUUGACAUACCUAGACAAGUCAAUGUCUCCCAGUGUUUUGUUCUUCUCUUCAUUUUUGUAGUACUUAAGUUGGCAUAUGUUAUCUGUGUACUUUAGAAGAACAAAAAACCUCCUUUUCCAAGAUUUCUGCAACAAAAACAAAAAAAGUAACCUGUAUAGUAACCUGUCCUGUUUUACUAAAGGUAAAACACCUUUAAAAUACCUGGGACUUGAACUGAUUUUCCGGCGGAGAUUUGUAAAGGUAUCCAGAACACACUUGUUCCUCGGCUCCAUGUAUGUAAAAUGCAUAGUUAUUAUCUGCAGAGAUAAAGAGUCUGUUUAAAACAAAGCAACACGUUAGUUUUAUUAACACAGAUCAAAGAGCUUUAGAAGAACACACCUGCCAUUUUUUUUUCAGUUGGCGUGAGUAAUGGGAUGCUGUCAGUGUGAGCCUGAGAAAAGAAUAAGCUGUGAUUAAUUCAGCAUAUUCAGCAUAAUGAUUUCAAGUGCCAAAGGCUUUUUAAAUGGUACAGUAUAUACUGGGUGCAAAGCUGACCUAAAUGUAGCUUUGCUUGAAAUAUUUACUUAAAUGGUGUGUAUAUAAAAUAUACUAAAUGAUGACUUCAGAUGUAGUUUGCUAUCAUUGAUGCUGUCAUAUAUAUUGUCAAUCAGGCUGCAUAAUUUCAUUCAUUUUACCUUUCUGAUGCAGAAAUCAAAAUUAUACCAAAGAAGCAUGCUGUUUUAAUAAAAAAUAUUGUGAUUGUUAUAUUAUUAUUUGACUGAAAAAUAUAAUUUCUGUACCUGUUAUAGAUGUUCCCUGUCUGUAAGAACACAAAAUGUGGUUAAAAUGGAUGAGGAAGUUUAUACUUUAGGUGAAAACCCUUGAAAGUGAUGUCACAGGGAAGGCGGUGAUUUGAGACGUGUACUCAAACGAGAAAAACUUGUCAAGUUUAAACCCACUUUUCGCACUUACUGUUUAAAUAAAGUGAGACUAUAUUAUCUCUGUGAUAUAACAUACACUAUUGUCACAGAUUGCAUUUUGCCACAUACUUACAAACAGACAUUGAAGGUGAAGACAUUUCUGCCACCACUGAACUGAACUCAACCUGUCUUCCACUGAUUAUAAAAACAGAAAGCCCCGCCCUGAACUCACAUCAUUGGUUGAGCCAAAGUUGAUUCGUGAUGCUAGUCGGAUUCUCAAACAAACAGAGCAAUGUUUUUAUAGAGUUGUACCUUAUUUUCCUAUAAGAGUGGGCACAGACAUUUUUUAAUUAUUUGGCUCUGGGUUCCUGUGUUAUCUGUUUCCAGCUAUUGUUAGCUGUACAAAACAGCUUGUUUUACUGCCUGAUACUAGAAAAUGGAGUGUCUUAUAUUUACAUAUUAUUAAAAUAUAUUAUCUAAAUUAUUUCCGUUAUUAAUAAAUGAACCGGAAGUCUUGCACAUUCACAGAAAAUGGCUUACUUCUGGACUGAAAUAUUAGGGUGAUUAGAUUUUACACACUUUCCAAAUGACUCCAUAUAAAAGUCAUUUAACAUUAUUAAUGUUAAAUUAAUUUUAAUGGGAAAAAGUUGCAAUAAAAGCAACAGUUCUGUAGUUUGCAGUCAAAGUCUUGUAGAUGAAAUGAACAUGUUCUUCUGCCGGUUUGAUACUGUGGAUGAUAAGGAUGAGUGUGAUGACAUCUGUAAAAAUCUUCCCAUAGGUUCACCUAUAUUUAUCACAGAAUGCUGUUGCUAAAAGCCUCACUAAAUUAAAGCCGAAUAAGGCCACCGGCCCAGAUGGCCUAAAAGGCAGCUUACUUAAAGACUGUGCAGUGACUUUGGUUUUCAAAAAACACAAUGGACCAACAACAGCAGAUGACAUUGCACCCCAGAAAAAUCACAGACUGUGAAAACACUGGACUUCAAGCAGCUUGGGCUAUGAGCUUCUCCACCCUUUCUCCAGACUCUAGCACCUUGGUUUCCAAAUGAAAUACAAAACUUGCUCUCAUCUGAAAACAGGACUUUGGACCACUGGGCAACUGUUCAGUUCUUCUUCUCCUUAGCCCAGGUAAGACGCUUCUGACGUUAUCUGUGGCUUAACAAGAGGAAUAGCCAGUUGGAGCUCUUAAUGCCUUGACCCCAGCCUCAGUCCAUUCCUUGUGCCGUUCACUCAAAUUCUUGAAUCGAUUUUGCUUGACAAUCCUCAUAAGGCUGCGGUUCUCUCGGUUGGCUGCGCAUCUUUUUCUUCCACACUUUUUCCUUCCACUCAACUCUCUGCUAACAUGCUUGGAUACAGCACUCCGUGCACAGCCAACUUCUUUGGCAAUGAAUAUUUGUGGCUUACCAUCCUUGUGAAGGGUGUCAGUGAUUGUCUUCUGGACUGUCAGAUCAGCAGUCUUCCACAUGAUUGUGUAGCCUAGUGAAUAAAACCGAGAUACCAUUUUGAAGGCCCAGGAAAUCUUUGCAGGUGUUUUGAGUUGAUUUGCUGAUUGACAUGUCACCAUAUUCUAAUUUAUUGAGAUUUUGAUAAAUAUGAGCCCAAAUCAUCACAAUUAAAAGAACCAAAGACUUCAGUCUGUGUGCACUGAAUUUAUUUAAUACUCACAUUUCACAAUUUGAGUUGGAUUACUGAAAUGAACUUUUAUAGCAGAUGGAAAAAAAGCAAUACAACAUGAUGAUGAUGAAGAUGCGUGUUUGCCUUUGAAAACCUGUUUAUUGUAAAGUCAUUGUAAGGUCUCAGCUUAAUGACAGCAUGACAUGCAUGUUAUUAUCAAGAUGUCAGUCUAUAAUCAGUUUAACACAUCAAUGAACAAAAGUGUCAGUAUCAUUUUGCAUUAUUUAUGCAAGAAUGAAAACCAAACCUGCUACAUUCCCCCGAGUCGGUUUCAAAGAAACUAGGCGGUUACCUCCGCCGUACUUUCCAGUCCUGUUUAAAAUGCACUGUAUCAAUAAAUGGGACAUCACCAGCUUGUGUCAGUUCCUACGCACGCCUGCUCAUCAAAUGGCUUGAGGCUGAAUAACUCUUGCUCAGUGGCACUGUUACAGGAAGCUGCCCAUUAUAUGUGGGGAUGGUAGGGCUGUAGAAAGACAGGCGGCAGGUGGUUUGGCACAGGCCUCAAUCCAAGCAUUCCCACUCGCACGCCAUUCAUAGAAUUUGUAUUGGUCAUUACAAGAGAUAACAGGGUCAUGGCUAAAGCCUAUAAUUGGUGCUACCUGCUCCAUAAGUGUUUCUGAACUAUUUGGAAUUCGUCCCAGUUGUGGCACAUGCAGACAGGUGUGUAGAUGUAAACCCUGUCAAGUUUAUCCUCAACUGUUAAGCUGGUCACCUUGAUUUAAACAUACAAAUACUAGGUGUUGUGACCACAAAGCUUUUUAAAGUCUUCCAUGUGAGAGUGUGAUAUAAAUAGAGGCUUUCUUUGGCUACAAGUGCUGCUUCCUCUGUCUUUUUGUGCACAGUGUACUCAGACUACAGCAGGCCCAGUACAGCUCCUUUAGUCCUUCAGCCAGAUUUACGGACCCUAGUUGUACAACUCGAAUACUUCCCAGGGCACAGGAACAACAGAUGGACUGUCACCCCUCCUCCAACCUUGCCAUCUUAACUGUACAGUAUAAAGCUCAAAGUUUGGGCUUAGGCUAGUCAUUUACUAGUGGAGAAUAAGACUGGAAGAACAAGAGAAGAAAUCAAAGUAAGUGAAGAACUGGUACUAGAGAGUCAAUGAUGAAGGCUCAGAAAACUCAGGACACCGAAACCAGCUAUCAGGAGCACCUGAAGAGACACAGAGACAUUCUGGUUUUCCGAAUGAAGAAGCUGUCAUCAAAACAAUCUGACUUCACUAUCAAGGCUGCAGCUCAAAAAGAGAAGAUUAAGAAAAAAUAUGAUGACAUGAAGAGGGUUUUGGACGAGGAUCUGAGAAUUACACUGAGCCAGCUGGAUAUUGAGACGGAGGCCAUGGAGAGAACGGUUGAGGACAGUAUUGAGAAGUGCUACCACCUCACGCAAGAAAUCGAUCAGCAGCUCGGUGAACUGUAUGCACAGAUGGAGAAAGAUCAACGUCAGGUUCAAGAGAAGAUGUCAGAGAUGGAGGAAAGGAUAAUGGAGACUCUGAAGAAGACAGAUCCAGAGUUCAUACAGAUGGACGAAUUUAAGAAUGAACAGCUGCUCGGCUUAACCAUCAAUCUGCUGCUGUUCAUACGCUCUCAGGUUCCUGUCACCAAGAAACUCUUCCAAAGCUACGCACAAAAAGUUGUUCUGGAUCCUGACUCCGCUCACCCAAAGCUUGUUAUUUCCCCUGAGGGCGACUCAGUCACUUACACUGAUACCUGGCAGGCCGUUUCUGAAAACCCCUCUCGAUUUGACAACACCCUGAAUGUGAUUAGCAGGAAGGGCUUCACAGAUGUUCGCAACUACUGGGAGGUGCAGGUUACUGGUAAGACAUACUGGGAACUAGGGCUCACGUACUCCAACAUCCCUAGGAAGGGUGGAGAGGAGGACUGCUGGUUGGGGCGGGGCCCAAUGUCCUGGUGCAUUGAAUAUUUAAAUGGCGACUACACGGCCUGGCACAAUGGCGUUCCCCAAAAGCUUACCCAUGUAAGUGGGAUAACUUUUCAGCACAUUGGCAUAUUCUCCAGCUCAGAAGGAGGUUUGGUUUGCUUCUUGGGGGCUGACACCAUGACCCCCCUGUACAGUUUUUGUGCAGGAACCUUCACAGACUCACUCUACCAGGCUGUCUGUCCUGGUCACGACAACCAGGAGACCAACAGGAAACCACUGCUUAUAUGCGACGCUUCGAAAUCCACCCCAUUCUUGUAAUGGAAACCGACGAGGGUUGGGGUCUAAUUCAUUUAUUCAGUAAGGAUGCAUUAAGUUGAUUAAAGGUGACAGAAAAGAUAUUAAUAAUGUCACACAAGAUUGUUCUUGUGUAAACAAAGAAUGCUGUUUUCUUUUCUAGUCCUGAAUAAAUAUGCCAUGGUUUUCAUGAAA